AUGGAGCCAAUAGCUAUCGUCGGACUCGCAUUCAGACUGCCACAGGGGGUGGAAGAUGAAUCCAGCUUCUGGGACGUAUUGGAGCAAAGUAAAAGUGUAAUGACGGCAUGGCCAGAAUCGAGAGUGAAUAUCGAUGCAUUCAUUCGACCCCAUGAUGCUACCCCAAAUACGUUACCGUCGAGGGGAGCGCACUUCCUCAGUCAAGAUAUUACCGUGUUUGACGCCCCAUUCUUUUCAAUAUCCUCGAGGGAGGCUGCUUCUAUGGACCCACAGCAGCGAAUAUUGCUGGAAACAUCAUAUCACGCCCUGGAAAACGCCGGUAUCCCCGUCGAAGACAUCGCAGGUACUGACACAGGCGUAUUCUCAGGGUCAAUGGAGAGCGACUAUCAUAGGACAAUUUCUAAAGACCCAGAUGAAGCGCCAACAAACACUGCGACUGGUGCCUCUGUUUCUAUCCUAGCCAAUAGGUUGAGUUGGUAUUUUGACCUAAAAGGUCCUAGUAUGCAACUGAACACGGCUUGUUCCUCGAGUAUGAUAGCCGUAGAUUUGGCUUGCCAGUCACUCCGAUCUGGGCAGAGUUCUAUGGCUCUUGCCACAGGGUCUAAUCUGAUGCUAAGCCCUGAGCUUUCUUUGUAUCUGUCCAACAUGAACAUGCUUUCACCAGAUGGCAUCUGCUACAGCUUUGACGAUCGUGCAAACGGGUAUAGCAGGGGGGAAGGUGUAAUAGUACUGGUCCUCAAGACACUACACACUGCAAUCAGAGAUGGGGAUAACAUACGUGCUGUUAUCCGGGGGACUGGCUCGAACCAAGAUGGCCGUACACCGGGGAUCACCCAACCAAGUUCUACUUCUCAAGAGAGUCUCAUACGCCAAGUGUACAGAAAUUGCAACCUUGGUUUCGAAUCAACACGCUACGUAGAGGCCCACGGAACCGGGACACAGAUCGGAGACUCGACUGAAAUGAAGGCCCUUGGUGCUGUGUUCAGGCGCGUCAGAUCUAUCAAAGCGCCUCUCUAUGUUGGUUCUGUCAAGUCCAACGUGGGACACCUUGAAGGUGGUAGUGGUUUGGCUGGAAUACUCAAAUGCAUCCUAAUCCUUGAAAAGGGGGUUAUUCCACCAAACGCGUUGUUCGAGAAAUUGAAUGCGAAGAUCAACGCCAAGCGGAGUAACAUACAAGUCCCAUCAUCUUGCAUCUCGUGGCCGGACGGAGGCUUGCGCCGAGUAUCUGUCAAUUCUUUUGGAUUUGGCGGAUCGAAUGCUCACGCUAUCAUGGAUGAUGCCUAUCAUACAUUAGAAGCCCUGAGUCUCCAUACCGGUCUUCAUGCAUUCGGCUCGUCUGUAAUCACAUGUCCGGUAGCUACCAAUGGGCAUGUUAAUGGCAGGCUGACAAAAGCCCAUGAUAUAGAAAUAGACGGGCCGCUACGAGACGAAGCUCCCAAAGUCUCAGAUCUCAACCGGACAGCGACUCCAGAGAACGACAUUAGUUCAAGCCCGUCAACCAACGGCGUCACUUCAUCGGACUCGUCAACAGAACUUUGCAAGUACCAGCUUCUCGUUUAUUCUGCGCGAGAUGAAGCAGCUUUGAAGCGCGUUCUUCAACAAUACAGCAGGUAUCACGAUGAUAGCAUAUUGGGGUCGCCAAGUAGGCUGCAAAAGCUAGCUUAUACCCUUGCUACACGCCGAAGUAUGAUGAUCAUGAGAUCAUUUACUGUAGGCGACGCGAACUUGACUUCUGAGGCUAUUGGUUUGCCAAAAUCAGCUUGCGUGCGUUCAUCUAUUGAAACACAGCUUUGCUUCGUGUUCACGGGCCAAGGUGCUCAAUAUGCCAAGAUGGGAUUGGAACUGAUCCAGUAUCCUGUGUUCAAGUCCGCCCUGAUAGAUGCGAACAAGGUUUUCCAAGCUCUAGGAGCUGGAUGGUCUUUAUUCGACAAGAUCGAAAGUGGCGAAGGCAUCAACCUGCCACAAUUCAGCCAGCCUCUUUGUACUGCUCUUCAAAUAGCUCUUUUCGAGUUACUAAAGAGCUUCAAUGUUGCCCCAGUAGCCGUCGUCGGCCACUCUUCCGGGGAGAUUGCGGCGGCGUAUGCACUUGGGGCUCUAUCACUCGAGUCCGCCUGCAAGGUUGCAUAUCACAGAGGUAGACUGAGCGGACAGUUAGCUAAACAGUUAGAUGCUUCAACCAACUCUGGAGCGAUGAUGUCCGUAAACCUUCAGGAGGGAGGCUUUCGUGCUUACGUGGACAAGGUCCUUCCGGGUGCAGAUGUCCAUGUUGCCUGUGUCAACAGCCCUUCGAAUAUCACUCUUGCUGGGCUUGAAAUAGACAUCGAUGUGCUAAAAGGUCAUUUGGACGAUGAUGGGGUAUUCUCUCAGAAGAUAAAGACGGGGAUAGCCUACCACACUUCGGUCAUGCGACAAAUAGCCUCGGAGUAUCUGUUCUGCCUAAAUGACCUCCAGGAUCCGGAACUGGACAGUAACACGACGUUGAUGGUGUCUUCGGUCACUGGGCAAAAGAUUACCGCGACCGAACUAUCAGUGGGCCAGUAUUGGGUCGAUAAUCUGACCUCACCUGUGCGCUUCGUCGACGCCGUGCAAUACCUCACGCAAGCUGCACCCAAAUUGGACGGGAUCAAAGCAAUAUCCGACUACAUUGAGAUUGGCCCAUAUGGGGCACUACGUCGACCCAUACUCGAUACGUUAAGUCAGAUUCCAAACAAGAAGGAAUCCAAAUAUGCUUCGAUUCUGUCAAAACUCCGGUCGCCCCUGAAAACCACAAUGGAAUUAGCUGGUCACCUUUUCACUCGUGGCCACCCGAUCUCCAUCACAGCGGUGAAUCAGCAAGUUGCUAGCAUGGGUGCUUCUUCGAUACUGGCAGACACACCCCAAUACCCAUUUGAUCGUUCUCAGCAAUAUUGGUAUGAAAGCCGAUUGAGCCGCGACUGGCGCCUGCGUGGAGCCGCUCCAAGGAGCGUGCUUGGAAUACGUGCGACGGACUGGAACCCACUAGAACCAAGGUGGCGUAAGAUGCUCAGCAUUGAAGAGACACCGUGGAUUGCAGACCAUGUUGUGGACGGGACUAUCAUUUUCCCCGCAGCCGGAUCAAUCGUCAUGGCCCUCGAAGCUGUUAAACAGACAGUUCAAGUGCAACAAAAAAUAUCGGGAUACCUUGUAAAGGAGGCCACGUUUACGAGUCCCAUAUUUGUCCAACCAGAGAAAAAGACCGAGGUUAUAACGCAAUUGCGUGCCAUUCAGCAUGCUUAUGAUAGGACAUCCUUGCGGUUUGAGGUUGUGAUUUUCUCUUCUGCCAUCGAUGGAAAUUGGACCGAAUGUUUCAAGACCGUUAUACAUGUCCAAGUCAAAGAGGAUACCACCACUGAAGUUGACGGAGGAUUCGAAGCACGAGCAGCCCAGGAAGCAUUCUCCAAGAGCUACGAACACGCAACGCUCUCAUGCAAAGAACCAGUCACUAAACAACACUAUUACGAAUGGCUCAACAAGCAAGGCCUCUCAUAUGGUGAUGCAUUCGCUCUUGCAGAAGACAUUUUUUGGGAUGGACAUGAGCUUUGUAUAGCGCGCGUUGACAAUUCCCCAGAAUCUUAUGAGGGCGUAGUCCACCCUACCGUGCUCGAUAAUUGCUUACAAGUAUGCUCUACGGCACCUUCGGGGGGCAUGGCGAAGACCAUGUCCACAUUCAUUCCACAUCAGAUGCACGACACUUGGGUAUCUGCAACAGGGUGGCAGCAUCCGCAAACUGGCUCGGUACGUAUAAAGACUCAGUCUAGGCUGAAUAUAUCGUCAACUGGCAUCGAUUGUUCUAUUACGGCUCUGGCCGAUGAUGGAUCACUGCUUUGCCAUGCAAAACACGUUGGCAUGUCAGCCGUUGCCAACAAGGUGUCGAUGGGCGAUGACCCGAAACGACUACUCCACAGUAUCGAUUGGAAACCACAGCUGUCUCUACUCACCACUCAGCAACUUUCUGACUACUGUGGAGUUAGCAAGUUCACUGAAGAUGAAACUUGGGCGAUCGACUAUUGCAUUUCGUUGGACGAUGCUCUCCGUGCACGUCUCGAGCGCGAUUUAACUCAGCUGCAAGACGCAAUCAGGCCUGAAACACCGGAACAUCUCAAGCGUUUUGUUGCUUGGAUCGAGAGACAGCUUUGCGAAAAGCCAGGCCAGUCUACGAAUGAACUGAGCGACGAAUGUCUCGACCUGAAGGUCAAGAACCUUCGUGCAGUCAGGCCGUCCUGGAGGAUUGUCAUCGACGUCCUGCAGGACCUCACUUCCACCAUACGGGGAAAAACCGACGCUCUUGACCUUCUGUUCUCGACACCAUUGGCCCAGGAUUUGUAUGACGAAUUCUUCAAACGCACAUGCAACGACAAAUUAUUUUCGUACCUUGAACUGGCUACCCAUCAAAAUCCCGAUCAAAGAGUUCUCGAGGUGGGCGCGGGUACAGGCGGUAUGACGAAUCAAGUUCUGGCAAUGCUACGUCGAAUUGAACAGCGCAUUGGAGGCACCGCAUUCAGUGAAUAUGUCUACACCGAUAUCUCUCCAGCUUACUUCGAAGGGGCGCGUGAGCGGUUCGCGGAUUACCGUACACGUAUGAGCUUCAAAACGCUCGACCUUGAGCAUGAUAUCACUGCAAGUAUCGAGCCCGGUUCCUGCGACAUUAUUUUAGCAGGCAGCGUGCUACAUGCUACCAAGAAUCUCUCUGUCACUCUACGCAACCUUCGGCGGGCACUAAAACCCGGCGGCCAGCUGAUCUUCCUGGAGGUCACAGCUCCGGAAUGUUUCGCCAUGAGUUUUGCGUUUGGCAUCCUGCCCGGCUGGUGGUGUGGCGAAGAGGAGACUCGCGCGUGGGGUCCAACAAUCACUGAGUCUGAGUGGGAUGUUCUACUCCGGGAAAAUGGGUUUUCUGGCAACGACUUGGUGAUCAGAGAUUACGAGGACGAGAGGGCGCACGAUGUCAGUAUCAUCGUCUCAUCAGCGGACGACCCCCCGCAUAUAGUGGCUGAGAUAUCAAGGAUCUUGGUCGUUAUCGAUGAUCAAGAUGAGGACCAGAAGAGCCUAGCAUCGGACCUUAUGCGCGGAGUUUUCGACUCAUCAGCCUAUCGCCCCACUAUCUUUUCGCUCUCCCAGAUUGCCGAUGCUGAAGUGUGUCUGACCGAUAAGAUACUAUUCCUUGCCGAUAUGAGAGGAUCGAUAUUAGCUGAGCCAUCAGAUGACACCUUCGAGCUGAUACAGAAUUGGGUGCAGCAAUCUAAGGAGCUACUCUGGGUCACUGCAGCGAGUGUUUCACUCCAAUCCUUUCCUUACACUGGUCUCAAGGAUGGGCUACUACGCGUGAUACGAUCGGAGAAUAGCGGCAAGAGAAUUGUCUCUCUUUCUCUUGAGGAUGGCACGUCCGAUAUGCCAAGCUACUUACAACACAUCGCUCAGGUCUUUCACUUAGCAUUCGAGGCAGUAUCGCCAGAUUUUGAGUAUAUUGUUCGGGAUGGGAAAGUCCUGAUUGGCCGCCUCGUGCUAGAAGUCGACCUUAACAAGGACUUAGAUUCGUCCAUCCAUCCACAGACGAAGCACGAAGCCUGGCUCCCCGGUCCACCCGUCAAACUACAGGUCGGAACGCGCGGUUCUCUCGACACAUUGCGUUUCAUUGAAGACGAGUACCGCGCCAGCCUAGGCCCGACAGAAAUAGAGAUUGAGAACCAGGCUUGGGCAAUUGGCUUCCGCGACGUGUUCAGUGCUUUAGGCCGGCUGGACGAAAACGAAUUUGGCACGGAUUGCGCUGGAAUAGUGAAAAGAGUUGGUUCCCAAUGCAACCAGCUGCGUCCAGGCGACCGCGUCUGUACCUCAUCAUUCGGUUGCAUGCGGACAUAUGUGCAUUGCGAUGAGUUGGAUGCCUUCAAGAUCCCCGAAACUCUUUCCGUUGAGGAGGCAUGUGGGGUUAUCAACCCAGUAAUGACCGCUUGGUACUCUCUCGUUGAUGUGGCCCGCCUGAAAAAAGGGGAGAAGAUCCUCAUCCAUGCGGCGUCGGGGGCAACGGGACAGGUCGCUAUCCAGGUCGCCCAGAUGAUCGGCGCUGAGGUCUUCGCAACUGUGGGAUACGAUCACAAGAAGCAGUUGCUUAUCGAUGAUUAUGGAAUACCCGCGUCCAAUAUCUUCUACUCUAGAGAUCUCAGCUUCGUCCAAGGUGUUAUGCGCAUGACUGAUGGCUACGGAGUGGAUGUUGUGCUGAACUCACUGGUGGGCGAGGGGCUGAGGGCAUCGUGGGAGUGCGUGGCUCCAUACGGCAGAUUCAUCGAGAUAGGAAAGGCUGACAUCCAUGCAAACACGCCUUUACCAAUGGCUAGUUUCGCUAACAAUAGGUCAUUCUCUGCGGUUGAUCUUCGCCACCUCGACUUUCAUCGGAAGGAUUUGGCGAGAAGUGUGUUUUUCACGACCAUGGGUCUCGUUCGGGAUGGUACCAUGCAUUGUCCGAGGCCAUGGCAUACCUACUCUGUGUCAGAUAUCGAGCACGCAUUUAGAUACCUACAAAGCGGAAAGAGCACGGGACGAGUUGUCAUUCAGGUCGAACACUCUGCCAAAGUUCAAAAACAACUCAUUCAUCGCAGAACCUGGCGUUUUGAUGAUAACGCUACAUAUCUCAUCGCUGCAGGUCUAGGAGGGGUUGGACGCUCUAUCCUCCGUUGGAUGGCUUCGAAAGGUGCAAAGCAGAUGAUAGUCCCCUCAAGGUCCGGUGCCGCAUCCGAAGCAGCCAUCCAGGUUGUCAACGAACUUACCAAGUUGGGCGUACAGAUAGUGACGCCCAAGUGUGACUUAGCCGCGGCAGGUUCUGUUCAGAAAGUACUUGAAGACUAUGCACAUGUUAUGAGUCCGAUCCGCGGGUGCAUCAAUGCGACCAUGGUCCUUCAGGAUUCGGUCUUCGACAACAUGACGCGUGCGCAAUGGGACGCCACCAUCCGCUCCAAGGUUCAGUCGUCAUGGAACCUCCACAGUCUACUCCCCAAAGACCUCGAUUUCUUCAUCCUACUCUCUUCUGCAUCCGGAGUCAUCGGAAACGCCGGCCAAUCCAACUACGCGGCAGGGUGCACAUUUCAAGACGCGUUGUCUCGAUUCCGUGUGUGUCAUGGCCAGAAGGCAGUCUCUAUCGAUCUCGGACCCAUGCGCAGUGUUGGUGUGGUUGCCGAGCACGAAGGCUUGAAGAGGAGUUUUGAGAAAUACCAAGGUCUAGCCCCAAUCGAGGAGGAGGAAUUUCUCACGCUCAUGGAUAUUCGUUGCGACCCCGGUUACCACUCGCGUACUUCCACAUCGGAAAGCCAAGUUACAAUGGGCAUUGUCACGCCGGUUGAUCUUGUUCAUGAUGGCAGUGAUUUGCCCCUCGAGCAUAUGCAUCGAUCACUCUUUGCCUACUUCAAUCAAGCCGGAGCUGGAUCAAGUAGCUCUGGGCCGGCAAACAGUGUGAACUCAGCAGCUCUGUUUCGGCAAGCGGAGAGCAUAGAAGAGAUGAACGACAUCGUCGUUGAAUCGCUGGUGAGGAAGCUAGCGCGUGCGCUAUCUAUUCAGGCUGAAGAUGUAGACGUGGAUAAGUCUCUACUCUUGUACGGAGUGGACUCCCUUGUUGCGGUAGAGCUUCGCAACUGGAUCACCAAAGAGUUUGCAGCAGACGUACCUGUUUUUGAGUUGAUGAGUGGUAAAUCCGUGUUAGCGAUUGCGCAGCUGGUGACUAAGACUAGUCAGGUGAAGAGAGUAGCUGUAAAGGCAGCAGCCUGA